GGUCAUGAUGGAGUAUAUCGGAGCUACAGGGGUUCCAGUGACAUUUGAUGAUGUUCCAAUAGAAAAAGACAUCGACUUCCAUUUUAUACUUGGCUUUGCCAUUGAUGCAGACGAAUCAGGUAACGCUCAAAAUGGCAUAUUCUCACCAUACUGGGCUUCCACCUUAACGCCUGACUCCGUAGCAGACAUCAAGGCACAACACCCAAAUGUAAGAGCCUUAGCUAGCCUGUCCGGAUGGAGCCUCGGGGAAAAAAUCCUCCGCUGGUAUGAUCCAAAGGACCCCGAGCUUUGGAUCUCCAAUGCUUUCACCUCUCUUCAAUCCCUUAUUGUCACUUACAAUCUUGAUGGCAUUGACAUAGACUACGAAAACUUCCCCAAACGCAAUUCAACUUUCCCAUACUGCAUUGGCGAGCUCAUCUCCCUCUUGAAGAAUCAAAGUGUCAUUUCGGUAGCCACCAUUGCACCCUUUAAUAGUAGAGCCGUGCCUUACAUACAGCUCUGUGAUGGAUAUGGAGAUCUUAUAGACUAUGUCAACUACCAAUUCUACACCGACAAAGUUAGUACACCGAAACGGUACCUUGAAGCUUUUAAGCUCCGAGCCAAGCAGUUCGAUCAAGAGAAGUUGCUGCCUAGCUAUGAAGUUGACGGGAGGGGGAUUCAAGGGGAGGCAUUUUUUGAUGCAUUGAAGCUUUUAGAGAAAAAUGGAAUUGAUGUGAAGGGAGUAAUGAUCUUCUCGGCUGAUGCUUCUUCUGCCAAUGGCUAUUACUAUGAGAGGAAAUCGCAAGCUUUCUUGCUUAACUCCACUCGCAUUUGA